GCUCCGUGAGUCUCAAACCGGAGCGCUUCGACCCCACCGCGACGCGCGCGCCGCCGCUCUCCGCUCAAAUGUGUUUUUCUUCUGCGUACCAGCGUUCCGCGCUCCUCAUGUCCCCCGUGACUCCCUCAGGAUCGUUUUGGUGUUGAUGUUAGUCCAGUAGAUUCAUUAUUUGACACAUUUCUUCAGUCGGAGAGUAUGCGGUCACGGUGGAGUUACAUCGCCUGGAUUUGCGUCUUCAGUCUCGGCGCGUUCAGGACUUUCUGCAUUCCCAGUAAUGAAGUGAACUUGCUGGACUCUCGCUCUGUAAUUGGUGACCUGGGGUGGGUCGCCUACCCGAAGAACGGGUGGGAAGAAAUCGGAGAGGUGGACGAGAACUAUGCACCCAUCCACACGUACCAGGUGUGUAAGGUAAUGGAGCAAAAUCAGAACAAUUGGUUGCAAACAAACUUAAUAUUAAACCAAGGUGCCCAGCGAGUGUUCGUGGAGCUCAAGUUCACUCUACGGGACUGCAACAGUCUCCCUGGAGGUCUGGGCACAUGCAAGGAGACAUUCAACGUCUACUAUUAUGAAACCAAUGAUGAGGAGAGGGGAAAUAUUCGGGAAAGCCAAUACAUGAAGAUUGACACCAUCGCGGCCGACGAGAGUUUCACAGAGCUCGAUCUCGGAGACAGAGUCAUGAAGCUGAACACAGAAGUUCGGGAUUUGGGUCCGCUGACCAUGAAAGGCUUCUAUCUGGCCUUUCAAGACCUGGGUGCGUGUAUUGCACUCGUGUCCGUCCGUGUCUUCUACAAAAAGUGUCCUUUUGUGGUCAGGAAUUUGGCCCUCUUCCCAGAUACUAUAACUGGGGGAGAAUCCUCCCAGCUUCUGGAGGUGCCAGGGACCUGUGUCAACAACUCGGAAGCUGAUGAACUUCCCAGAAUGCAUUGCAGCACGGAGGGGGAGUGGCUGGUGCCCAUUGGGAGGUGCAUGUGCCAGGCGGGCCAUGAGGAAGUUAAUGGCUCCUGUCAAGUGUGCAAGCCAGGCUUUUACCGAUCAGCUCUUCAGACCAAAAGCUGCAGUAAAUGUCCUCCCAGAAGUUUCACCAGAGCUGAGGCCUCCACCUCCUGUCAGUGUGAGCAGGGAUACUACCGGACCCAAUCAGACCCCGCCAACAUGGCCUGCACAAAGGCACCUUCGGCCCCACGUAAUGCUAUUUCCAAUGUGAAUGAGACCAGCGUCUUCUUGGAGUGGAGCGCCCCGGAGGAGACAGGCGGUCGGAAAGAUGUUCGAUACAACAUUGUGUGCAGUAAGAUCAGCACAGAUUCGGGCCAGUACGAACCGUGUGGAAGUCAUGUGCGAUAUCUGCCUCAACAGACGGGUCUGAAGAACACCUCCAUCAUGGUCAUGGAUCUCCUGGCUCACACCAACUACACCUUUGAGGUGGAGGCUGUGAACGGGGUGUCAGAACUAACUGCCCCUUCACGCCAGUACGUCUCGCUCAAUGUCACCACCAACCAGGCCGCCCCGUCUCCUAUCACCGUGGUGAAGAAAGGCAAGACGGCGAAGAAUAGCAUCUCAGUGUCCUGGCAGGAACCCGACCGACCCAACGGCAUCAUCCUGGAGUAUGAGAUCAAGUAUUUUGAGAAGGAUCAGGAAACAAGCUACACCAUCAUCAAGUCAAAGGAGACGGAUGUUUUGGUGGACGGCCUUAAACCUUCCUCGGCGUACAUCUUUCAGAUUAGAGCUCGCACCUCUGCGGGCUACGGAGGGUUCAGUCGACGCUUUGAGUUUGAAACAAGCCCGUACUCAGUAGCGGCCUCCAGUGAUCAGGGUCAGGUGCCCAUCAUCGCCGUCGCUGUCACUGUGGCCAUCAUCCUCAUCGCCUUGGUCACAGGUUUCCUGAUGAGUGGCAGGCGUUGUGGCUACAGCAAAGCCAAGCAAGAUCCAGAUGAGGAGAAGAUGCACUUCCACAAUGGACACAUCAAAUUCCCAGCGGUCCGCACGUAUAUCGAUCCUCACACCUACGAAGAUCCCAACCAGGCCGUCCACGAGUUCGCCAAGGAGAUUGAUGUGUCCUGUAUCACCAUUGAGCGGGUUAUUGGAGCCGGGGAGUUCGGUGAGGUGUGCAGUGGUUUACUGCGGCUGCCAGGGAAGAGAGAGAUCCCAGUGGCCAUUAAAACUCUGAAAGCCGGUUACACCGAGAAUCAGAGGAGGGACUUCCUGGGGGAGGCCAGCAUCAUGGGCCAGUUCGACCAUCCCAACAUCAUCCACCUCAAUGGGGUCGUCACUAAGAGUAAGCCAGUGAUGAUAAUAACAGAAUAUAUGGAGAACGGAUCCCUGGACACCUUUUUGAAGAAGAACGACGGUCAGUUCACUGUCAUCCAGUUGGUCGGCAUGCUGCGUGGCAUUGCUUCUGGCGUGCGCUACCUCUCUGAGAUGGGCUAUGUGCACCGUGACCUGGCUGCCCGCAACAUCCUGGUCAACAGCAACCUGGUGUGUAAGGUGUCCGACUUCGGCUUGUCCAGAGUGCUGGAGGACGACCCAGAGGCGGCCUACACAACCCGCGGAGGGAAGAUUCCCAUCAGGUGGACGGCUCCUGAGGCCAUCGCCUACAGGAAGUUCACCUCGGCCAGUGAUGUGUGGAGCUACGGCAUCGUGAUGUGGGAAGUGAUGUCGUACGGCGAGAGACCAUACUGGCAGAUGAGCAAUCAAGACGUGAUAAAGGCAGUGGAGGAGAACUACAGGCUGCCGGGUCCCAUGGACUGUCCGACCGCCCUCUAUCAUCUCAUGAUGGACUGCUGGCAGAAAGACAGGAACAGCCGGCCCAGAUUCGAGGAGAUUGUCAGCAUACUGGACAAACUCAUCCGCAAUCCCAGCAGCCUCAAGGGUCUAGUUAACCCAUCAAACAGAGUGUCCAAUUUAUUAGUGGAGCACGGGAGCCCUGAGGGCUGUGUAUUCAGAUCGGUGGAAGAAUGGUUAGAGGCCAUAAAAAUGGGUCGAUACACUGAGCUUUUCAAGGAAAGUGGAUACACUUCUCUGGAUGUUGUCACUCAAAUGACCUUGGAAGAUCUUAGGAGGGUUGGAGUCAAUCUGGCCGGCCAUCAGAAAAAGAUCCUCAACAGCAUUCAGGAGAUGCGAGUCCAAAUGAUGAACGCCACUAUGCCCAUCUGAGAGUGGCCUCAGAGGAACCUCCAGGAGUAGCCUAGCACUUUCUACAGACACUUAUUUAUUGAACGGAACUAUUGAAAGAAAGAAACGAAAUGACCCUGAUGAAAAAAACUAAACACUGGAUAGAUGGACAAACGGUUACGGUUUCGUUUGUGCAAAGCCUCCAAACUAAAGUGACAAGAGGAACUGGACUGAAAUGUUGAGUGAAUAUUUUGGAAAAGUGUGGCACAUCUCCAGGUAGGACUACUUACUUGGGAUCAAGUGUCUCUGGGCUGAAUGUAUAGCAUUUUUCCAUGACCUCAUUCAACAAUCUUAUUACCUCUGGAAUACCACGAGAGACUGCGGUCACUUUCAGCUCGGAUGUUUUUCAAAACAAGUUCUCCUAGGGCAAAUUCAGACAGUAAGACUGAAGUCAUAUCACGGGCUGAGGAAAUGUACAGUGUGGUGGUGUUAAAGCAAUAGUAGAUUUUGAGCUUGAUGUUGAUUUUACUUCAUUUUAAAUGAUUGCUUUCAUUGUUUGAAAAAGACGACAGAGCAAUGGACAGGAUGGUUUUCUUUUUGCACAAUAUGCGUGUGGUGAAGGGCAGAGGAGAUGUGUUUGUUUUUGAAAAUGUCACACGUUUCAAAACCACAAAUUAAUUUUAGUUCCACUGAUGUUUUGGUGUUUUGUGUAUAAAUAAUGUACAGUUGUGUUGUUGAAGUGGGGCUCAAAUGCAUCCAUUGAUGAUCAUGUGAGGUUGAUUUUCUCUUAGUGCACAGGUGGGCUAACAUACUAUGUAUAUUCAGUCCGGUCCGGUCAAUAAAUAUUUGUAUUGCCUUUCAGUGCUUCAUUAGAUAGAAAAAUGAGUUGUUUUGCCGUCAAUGUGCGAUCUCUACUGUAUUCUGCUACCUAUCAUUUUGCCUCGCUCAGUUUUCACAUCUAGGAGGAUACCCCAUUCACUAUCUUAAAUCAGAUUUUGGGUUUUACUGUGUGUAAUGAUAUAACCUUUGUAAUCAUCGGGAAGAAGGAGGCGGGAACCGGUGCACAAUCAAUGAAACUUCAAUCAUUCAAAAAUAAACACAAAACAGCGCACCAGCCCCUCACGGACGACUGGUGUGCAUAAAUUCAAAGCAAAACAUAAAAUAUUGUCCAGGCCUGGUCCUCUCUCGUCCUUCACUAUAGUCGCUCCAGUUUUAUAUCCUUCCAUCUCCUACGUGGGACUCCAUACCGGCGGUGGGGCGCAGGUGUAGUUCAUCUCCAAUCACUACACCUGGCCUCACUCCUCGUUCCCACGUCUCUUGGCCCCGCCACACUGUGCACAAGUAAUUAUUGUUUUCUGGAUAACCUUUAAUUUGCUCCAUAUUAAACAACAUUCUUUUUUUGGCUAGUAGCAAAUAACAAUACGUCAUGAUACUGUGAAAUACGUCACAUUAUGGAAGCAAAAUGGGUUGUGAUUAUCAUUUCAUGUUGGCUUUAAGCUGGUUCAGUAUGUCAGGCAUUAGUAAAAUCAGUGAGAAUAAGUUUGUGUGCCACAUCUGAGGCAGCCUGUGGAUUACUGAAGACAAUCAUUUUGACUCGUCCCUCUCUGUACAGACAAGCUGUGAAUUGUGUAUAUUUAGAGUUAAUAGACUAUCAAUCUUAUCACAAAAUUAUUGAUCUGAGAGACAGUGAUGGUUCACAACACAUUUUUAUUGUGAUGGUUUUAUCAGCUGUCUGGAAUCUCAUUCUGACUGCACCCAUUCACUACUACAUCUUAGAUGUCCUGAGGUUGAGGACAUUUUCAGCCAAUUUUCAUUUUAGGGGUGAAUUAUUCCUUUAAAAGUUAUUAUUAUUACAGUUUUAUGGUAUCAACAUAAUGACACAUUUUACAGAACAUCUCCAAAGCAUUGCAAAUGUAGUAGAUGACGAUAACGCAGUUAGCCUAGCAUGCUAAUGUUAUCAGUUGCCUUUGUGCUUUCCCGACCUCUCAAACUCCAGGAGUAACUCUCAAACUCUAUUGUGUCGCAAUCCUAUUUUCUUCCAUCUGUAUGUACACUGAGGUACAAGUCGAAAUUAUCAUCUGUGGUAAAAGGCAACAUGCCACACAUUACAGAUACUACUCUAUAGAUCUCAGAAUAAAAAUAAAUGUUGAACGUUUGGACACAUAGUCAGAAAGUACUCACUCAAAACCAAAUUCCAGACAUUAGGUAAUUUCUACUCAUAUUUUAAGGCCACAAAUAUUACAGCAAAUGUUGUUAACACUUUGUUGAAAUCUUGUAAAACAUCUUAAGAAUUUCUUCAAAGUAUGGUCAGUAUAAUAUUUUCAAUAAGUCCACUCUGGUAGAUUUUUAAAUUUUAAUUUAAUGAUAUUUAACCUUAGUAACCUAAUGCUCCUAAUCGAAAGUGCUCAAGUGCCUGUGAAUGUGUGAGUACAUUAUAAAAAUCCAUAAAUAUUCCUGAGGAGCUAAUCAUAGGUUCAUUGCCAAAAUUAAUAAUCUGAUUUUGUCUUUUUUAAUAGUGUUAAUUGUUGCGAUGAAUGUCACUUCUGACAUACCGGGAAACGGGUCUUUUACACAAUGCAUUCAUUUGGUAUUUUACUGUAUUUUCAGAAUAAGAGCAAAUAGUUUUACAGAUAAAACUGUACACUGAAAAACAUUGGUUACUCUUUAUUUUAAGGUGUCCUUGUUACAGUGUGAUUAUACAUUUAAGUACUGAGUAAUAUUAAUUAACUACAUGUACUUACUAUAUGUUAAGGGUGAGGAUCAUGGUUUGGCUUAGGGUUACUUGCAUGCAAUUAUAAAAAAAAAAAAAAACUGUUAUUAUAAUAGUAAGUACAUGUAACUUGUGUAAUAAAUACACCUUAAAAUAAACAUUUUAGCACAACCAACCCACACACCAAUAUUGCAAAAUUCUUGAGUGUUUUCAGAUUUGUGGCUGUUGUUUAUUGUAGUGAUAUUUCUCCAUAACCAUUGAUCAUAUCUGCCAGAAUUCAUCAUGUUUUACAAGCAAGUUUGACCUAUUAUCAGCUUGUUUUCUCUGAAAAUAUAUGCAUUUGGAUGAUUUCAAUCUGUAGUCAUUAACAUAGAAGAGAUAUGCCUUUCAUUUGACAUUUAUGAUUGUGGUUACACAAAAUGCAUCUAAUUUACACAUGGAGCUGCAAUUAAGAUCCUUUCAGGUUAGUUCAGUGUUUCUGAAUAACAGCAAACACAAAGUAACACAAUUAACUCCUACAACCUAUUUGAUCUGUGUGAAAUUAGCUUACCAUCCUCCAAAAACACAUUUAAAACAAUGACUUUAGCAUAAAUGAAUCGUUUCCAAACAUUUAUGCUAAUACAAAAUUGUAUGAAUGGUAUUGGUGGGCUGUGGAUUACAAAUGCAUUUUAUCAGCAUUAAUGGCUGUCAUUAUUAUAUUUGGUCCAACAAAGAGAGGGAAAUGAAAAGCACAGAAAAAAAAAGUAGUUUCUAUGUGAUAAUUGUUUGUCCAUUACCUUCUGCUGUGUUUUGUUGUGUAAAUGUCUUUUGUAGUGUAAUAUAUUACAUUUUAUAUUUUUUGGAAUAAACUGGUGAGAAACCCAA